AUGUCGAAAACAAAGCCCUUUCCCGCCAUCCACGGCGGCUGCUUCUGCGGCUCCACGCGAUACCGUCUAGAGUGCGCGCCUUUGUUCUGCCACGCAUGCCACUGCCAGGACUGCAAUAAGCACACGGGCUCCGUCUUCGCAUGCUUUACGACUAUAGAAGCCGAGUUCAUCUCCUCCAUUGGGAAAACGCCUCCCAAGAUCACCAGAGUCGCCCGCCCGAAUGGGAUCAGCCGGCAUCUCGCUUCUUGCGGCACGUGCGGCACGAGACUCUGGGCUAGCGGCGAUAUCACGCCGGUCACGGCGGAUAUCAAUACGGGGACUCUGGAUCUGCCGGAGAUUAUGGAGCCUGACGUUCAUGAGUACAUUGAGAGCAAAAUUUCUUGGGUGCUGCUUCCCGAAGGGGCGAAGACGUGUAAAGGGCCAUUUGACUAUAGGGAGUACUGGCCGAAGAGCAGUCUGAAGAGGUUGGAGGCCGCGGUCCAGAGGGCUCAAGAACGCCGAAAACUACUAGCGAAAGUCGCGCAGGCCGGUCAGGAAACUGAAGAGGAGAAGGAGGCUGAUAAGACGCCGACUGCGCAGACGCCGGACGAGAAGGAUGGAGUGGUUGAGGAUGACGAGGAGUUCGAGAAGAGGUACCUCGAGACGGAGAAGGCGCUUCAGGAGAGGCUUGAGCAAUUGAGUCUGAGGUUGAAUGAGAAUGAGAAGGUUCAGGGGGAUGACUUACGUCCUGGCGUUGUUCAGCCUGCGAAGGAACCGGAGACAGCAGCAGAAGGACAAGCACCGGCGGCGACCGGCCCCGAGAACUGA